UUUGGUUCAGGUUCGUACGCUGUAAUGUUUUUGACUGUGUUGUUUCUCCAUGGCGGUCUUCAGCUCAGCUGUACUGCGCUCUGUUCUGAACCUCAUGCCCACACAGGGCUCUCGCAGCUCGUGUUCUCUGCGGUGGCUCCGCCGGUUCUCCGCAGGCCCUGGUCCGGAGCCUCGAUCUGUCCGCGCUCUGCUUAGCGGGGAGUCGGACCGCUACGGCGGCGUGACAGUCCGGCAUCUCCCCGGUCAGAUCAGCGAGUCCACUUUCAGCUCCAUGCUGAGAGAUUCUCUCUCACAGUGGCGUUCUGAAGGAAGGAUAGCUGUGUGGCUGUAUGUGCCGCUGGCUCAGUGUCGUUUGGCGGAGGCUGCGGCGGUUCAUGGCUUCACCUUUCACCACGCGCUCGGAGACACGGCCGUGCUCAGCCUGUGGAUGGGGUCUGGGGAGAGCCGCCUGCCUGGCUACGCUACACACCAGGUCGGGGUGGCAGGGGCUGUUGUGAAUGAGUCCAGUGGAAAAGUCCUUGUUGUGCAGGACAAGAAUAAGACUGUGAACGCAUGGAAGUUCCCUGGUGGCCUUUCAAAUCCAGGAGAGAAUAUUGGUGCUACCGCUGUUCGCGAGGUCUUUGAAGAAACUGGCGUGCGAUCAGACUUCCGAUCUCUCCUGAGCAUCCGCCAGCAGCACAAUCAUCCUGGAGCGUUUGGAAUGUCAGACAUGUAUUUGAUCUGCCGUCUCAGUCCGCUAACACAUGACAUCAGCUUUUGCACGCAGGAAUGUCUGCGCUGUGAGUGGCUGGACUUGGUGGAUUUGGCCAAAACCAAGGACACUACACCGGUAACGAGCCGCAUUGCCAAACUGCUGCUGUACGGCCUGGAAAAGGGAUUUGACAGCAUUGAUCUAAGCAUGGAGGAAGUUCCCGCAGUGUACACUGGCCUUUUUUAUCAGAUUUAUCACAGAAAGCUUCCGGUGGAGCAUAAAUAGACCUCACUGAAUCUAGAACCUCCGGAAAACAUUAAGGCCCAAUUGCCUAGCAACCAACUGGAACUGGAAGCCUAUUUGGAGAUUCUGGAAACAGUAUUUGAAAGUCAUUCAUUAUGGGUUGUUUUCUAAGCUUGUGUCUAGGCAAUCAAUACAUAUGUUAAAUACAAUUUUUGAUGUAAAUAUUAUAUUUACAAUC